AUGAAAAACAGGACCAUGUUUACUGAAUUUAUUCUGCUGGGCCUUACGAAUCAACCUGAAGUCCAGGUGGUGAUCUUCAUCUUUCUAUUCCUCACCUACAUGCUAAGUGUCCUAGGAAAUCUCACUAUCAUCAUCCUCACCUUACUAGACUCCCACCUUCAAACCCCCAUGUAUUUCUUUCUCCGGAAUUUCUCUUUUUUAGAAAUUUCCUUCACAUCCAUUUUUAUCCCAAGAUUUCUGACCAGCAUGGCAACAGGAAAUAAAGUCAUCAGCUUUGCUGGCUGCUUGACUCAGUAUUUUUUUGCUAUUUUUAUGGGAGCCACAGAGUUUUACCUCCUGGCUUCCAUGUCUUACGAUCGCUAUGUGGCCAUCUGCAAGCCUCUGCACUAUCUGACGAUUAUGAGCAGUAGAGUAUGCGUACAACUCGUGUUCUGCUCCUGGCUCGGGGGAUUUCUAGCUAUCUUACCACCGAUCAUCCUGAUGAGCCAGGUAGAUUUCUGUGCCUCUAAUAUUCUGAAUCACUAUUACUGUGACUACGGGCCCCUCAUGGAACUUGCCUGCUCAGAUACAAGUUUCUUAGAACUGAUGGUCAUCCUUUUGGCUGUUGUGACUCUAGUGGCUACUCUGAUGCUGGUGACACUUUCUUACACAUACAUUAUUAGGACCAUUCUGAGGAUUCCUUCUGCCCAGCAAAGAACAAAAGCUUUUUCCACUUGUUCCUCCCACAUGAUUGUCAUCUCCCUCUCUUAUGGUAGCUGCAUGUUUAUGUACAUUAAUCCCUCUGCAAAAGAAGGAGGUGCUUUCAACAAAGGAAUAGCUGUGCUCAUUACUUCAGUUACUCCCCUGCUGAAUCCUUUUAUUUACACUCUGAGAAAUCAGCAAGUGAAGCAAGCAUUCAAAGACACCAUCAAAAAGAUUAUAAAAUUUUAA